AUGGCCAAUGCUGUGACAGGUGAGACCACAGUCUUUUUGAUAUUCUAAAUCCUAAUAGAUUGACUUAACUUUUUUAUAUUACUUUACAAAUAGAUUGUUAUUGGAAAAGAGAAAGUUGUCAUAUCUACAACUUGAUCUUAACAUGAGGAAUUCAAACACCCUACUGCCUGAGGCUGAUGCCACGCAAGCGCUUGUACGCACAUACACAUGCAUACACACACUAUCAUUCAAACGCACACGUGCACACAAACGGACACACACAUACACACAUGUAAAUAGUGCCACGUAUGCACACGAACGUAUUCAGUUGGCCUUCAUGUUUAGAUUAUUGUUGUCCUUGAUGUCUUAUGUUUUCUGUUGUUGUUUUCCUUUGGUUUUCUCUUUUUUGUCUUUUGUUAUUUUUGUUGGUUGUUGGCGCAUUGGGUCGGUGGUGGUUUUGGUCGGGUUGGAGGGGGACGGUGGCUUGGGGGAGGGGGAGAAAGUGGGGGGCUUGGGGGUGGGAAGUGGAGGGGGAGGUUUUUGGGGAGGGACUUUUGGGGGGGUCUUGGAUGGUUGGUCGCCUGGCGGUUGGGUCGCUGGUUUGGUUCCCGAUACGCCUGGGUGGGGCAUCUGUCCUUCUGCCCUUGGGUGGGGUGCUUGACCCUGGUUACUCCUGUGGGUCGCUCUGGAUGGGAGUGUCUGCCAGAUGACUGAAUGUAAUGUAAAUGUUGAGCGGCUUCACCGCAAGUAGAUUGUAUGUUUUAAAAUCAAAUUAAAACAAAUAUAAUAAAAAAACUCCAUCAUCCCAGACACCCUAGACCCACUCCAAUUUGCAUACCGCCCCAAAGAUAUCCAUAGAUAACGCAAUCUCAAUUGCACUUCACACAGCCCUCACCCACCUAGAUAAGAGGAAUACUUACGUGACAAUGCUGUUCCUUGACUACAGCUCAGCGUUCAAUCUCUUCACCAAGCUUAGCACCCUGUUAUUUUUACUGUUAUUUUACUGAUUUUAUUUUUUACUUAUGUAUUGUUUACCUAAAACGUAUUUUUCUUAAAACUGCAUUGUUGGUUAAGGGCUUGUAAGUAAGCAUUUCACUGUAAGGUCUACACCUGUUGCAUGUGACAAAUAACAUUUGAUUUGAUUUGAUUUGGGACUGAACACCUCCCUCUGCAACUGGAUCCUGGACCACCUGAUAGGCUGACCCCAGGUGGUGAGGGUAGGCAACAUCACCACCGCCACGCUGUCCCUCAACACGGGGGCCCCACAGGGGUGUGUGCUUAGUCCCAGGGGUGUGUGCUUAGUCCCCUCCUCUCUGUUCACGAAUGACUACAUGGCCACGCACGACUCCAACACCAUCAUCAAGUUUGCUGACAACACGACUGUGGUAGGCCUGAUCACCGACAACGAUGAGACAGCCUACAGGGAGGAGGUCAGAGCCCUGGCAGUGUGGGGCAGGACAACAACCUCUCCCUCAACGUCAGUAAGACCAAGGAGCUGAUCGUGGACUUCAGGAAACGGGUGAGCACGCCCCCAUCCACAUCGACAGGGCUGCAAGUUCCUCUGUGCCCAAAUCACUAAGGACUUAAAAUGGUCCACACACAAGCACACAGUUGUGAAGAAGGCGCUACAGCGCCUCUUCUCCCUCAGGAGGUUGAAAAGGUUUGGCAUGGGCCCUCAAAUCCUCAAAGAGUUCUACAGCUGUACCAUUGAGAGCAUCUUGACUGGCUGAAUCACUGCUUGGCAUGGCAAUAGCACCUCCCUCGAUCGCAUGAUGCUACAGAGGGUGGUGCGGACAGCCCAGUACAUCACUGGGGCCGAGCUCUCUGCCAUCAAGAACCUCUAGAUCAGACGGUGUAAAAGAAAGGCCCGGAAAAUUGUUAAAUACUCCCACCACUCAAGUCAUAGACUGUUUUCUCUGCUUCCGUGCAGCAGGUGGUACUGGUGCAUCAUGUCUGACACCAACAGGCUCCUGAACAGCUUCUAUCCCCAAGCCAUAAGACUGCUAAAUAGCUAAAUAUCUGUGUUGACCCUUGUAUUGUAUUCUUGUUUUUGCACAUUCACAGGGCCAUACACACUCACAGGGCCCUACACACUCACAGGGCCCUACACACUCACACACACACUUAACAUUUAACGUUUAAGUCAUUUAGCAGACGCUCUUAUCCAGAGCGACUUACAAAUUGGUGCAUUCAACUUAGGAUAGCCAGUGGGACAACCACAUCUUGAACACAGUAAGUACACUUCUUCAAACAUGCAGCUGUGAGCAAAGUCAGUGCAAUCAGGGACAACUACAUCUCGAUCACAAUAAGUACACACACACACACACACAUUCACAGGGCCCUACACACUCACAGGGCCCUACACACUCACUGGGCCCUACACAUUCACAGGGCCCUACACACUCACUGGGCCCUACACACUCACAGGGGACACACUCACUGUAGGGGACACACUCACAGGGCCCUACACACUCACAGGGCCCUACACACUCACAGGGCCCUACACACUCACUGGGCCUACACACUCACAGGGCCCUACACACUCACAGGGCCCUACACACUCACUGGGCCCUACACACUCACUGGGCCCUACACACUCACAGGGCCCUACACACUCACAGGGCCCUACACACUCACUGGGCCCUACACACUCACUGGGCCCUACACACUCACAGGGCCCUACACACUUAUAGCGAGACUUUUAAUAAGUGGACGUGGAUGAAAGCUGUCACCUCUAAGGAGGGUAUUCUUGUCUGUAGGUUUCCUAUAGAGAUCUGUAGAGAGGGAGGUUUUGUCAUUAAUAACCAUCACAUCAAGAAAACUGAUUUGUGAUAGGUCAUAGUUAAUGGUGAAAUGCAGGAGUUCAUUCAACAAGUUUAGAUAAGCAUGGAACUCCAAAAAUCCAGUUGCUGUUCAUUUUGUACAAGCUGGACAUCCUAUUAGUUCUCUGAGAUACAUAGGAAUAGAAAUUGUCAAGAAGUCACGGAGGGGAGGGGACAUUGAGAGGAAACUUCUUCAAAGGGAGUCUUUCUGGAUCCACAGGCUCAACACAUUGUCUCAUCUUGGCCUUAAUGAGGAGUUUGACUUGAAACCGUUUUUAUAGUAUUAAAAUGUCCAAAUUGUGUGUUUUUUCAGAUGUGCCGGAUUUUUUUUGUUGUCCUAAUUAAAUAUUGUAUGUGUAUGUAUAUUACUGUAAAUAUUGUAUCACAUUCCUUGUGUAUGAUAAUAUAUUUUGAUAAAUUGAAUGUUAAUCUUGAGAACCUAUGUUAUGCAUUUCUUUACCUCCUGUUUCAGGAAGUGACGCCACUGAGUACUGCCCCUAUAUAUAGGACCUUCCACACCCACCUGGGGUAUGGACGCCUGAUGAAGACCUAAGGGUGGAAACGUUGUUAUAAAUAAAUAUAACCUGGGAGCAUGAGCAGCAGUGUGCAGCGUUUUCCUUUCUGUUUUCCAUUUCUCUAUUAAAACAGUAUUCCCUGUAGUAAAUGUGUCUCUGAAAGGAGUGGCCAGCCAGUCAUUAAUGGAUUGGUAUGCUAAGGCUGACAAUGCCAUUGAUGGGAACAGAGAAUCAGACGGUCAAAAAGGAUCCUGCACCCACACAGCACUGGAGACCAACCCCUGGUGGAGAGUGGACCUGCUGGAUGUGUACAGAGUGACAGCUGUCACCAUCACCAACAGAGGAGACUGCUGCUCUGAAAGGCUUGAUGGUGCUGAGAUCCAUAUCGGUAACUCACUGGAGAACAACGGCAUCAACAACCCCAGGUGAUACAUAGACAUCUGUAUAUUUUUACGUCCUGUCUUGAAGGUAUUUGGAUACAUUGGUCUUCAUCCAUGCUUCUGUAGCUAUUCUGUGGAUAUGUAUUUAACAGACUGACAGUAUUCUGUAUUCUAUAUGGUACAUUUUAUAGCAUCCUCAUUAACUCUCAUUAUGUUCUCUCUCUCUCUCUCUCUCUCUCUCUCUCUCUCUCUCUCUCUCUCUCUCUCAGAUGUGUUGUCAUCACCACCAUCCCAGCAGGAGAGACCAAUAUCUUCCAGUGUAAUAAGAUGGAGGGUCGUUAUGUUGUUGUGGUCAUCCCAGGCAGGUCGGAAUAUCUCACUCUGUGUGAAUUGGAAGUAAAUGGCAUUCCUGCAGGUAAUCACCUGUAACUGUCUUCACUUUUUACAUUCAUCAUCAAGUAAGGUUUACACUAAUUUUAUUGCACACCUGAAGUAACAACCCAUCGCAGAAGUGUAGGAGAAUCAGAAACUGAUAUUUGUUGGGGGGGGGGGGGGGGGGGGGGGGGGAUCUGGUAGGUGUAUUAAUCAAAUACAUAUACAAAGUAAAUAUUAUUGUAUGUAGGGUUGAGAAUUUGAAGUUGAAAUUUGAAAUUAGUGUCCACAAAUAAUAACUGAGCUCUUGGACUUCUGUUUCAGACUCAACCACCACCACCACCACAACAACUUCUACCACUACUCCAACACCCACUAAUCCAACACCCACUAAUCCAACACCCACUACUCCAACACCCACUAAUCCAUCACACACCACUCCAACACCCACUACUCCAACACCCACUACUCCAACACCCACUACUCCAACACCCACUAAUCCAACACCAACUACUCCAACACCCACUACUCCAGCACCCACUAAUCCAACACCCACUACUCCAACACCAAAUAAUCCAUCACACACUAAUCCAAAACCCACUACUCCAACACCCACUUCUCCAACCUUUACAUCGGCAGCUCCACCAACAACAACAACCCAGCCUCCCACCAUUACUUUUCUCCCCUCUUCCCCAACAUCCCCCUCCUCCACUCAAUCUCCCACCUCCACCAGUGCUUCCACCCUUCUCCCCACCACUUCCACUCCUCCUGCUCCUUCCACCAGUGUCACCUUCUUGAGAAGGAAGAUGAUGGUGGUGAGGGAGAAGCUGUGCUGGUCCGAUGCUCUGUUCUACUGCAGAGACCACUACUGGGACCUGGUCAGUGUGCGCAAUGAGACAGAGUAG